CACACAUUUUGCUUGUAUGUUUUUGUACUCUUUUUACUUAUCAAUUUGACUAAUCCUUCGCAUGCAAUGCUUGAAUGGCUUUUUGGUGACGGAAAAGAUACAGGACAAGCAUCCACCGAAACAGAAGAAAUAAAGCCCACCAUACGAUUCGAAGUGUUGUCUUCAGAUGAAAAGUUUUUAGAUUAUGCUCGCACUCUAAGUGAUAUGUCACCUUUAGACGCAUGUUACAAUAUUGUAAGUCCAGCCUAUUUAAUAGCUUUUUCUUUGAAAAUGAAAACAUGCAUAGGCACAUGUAAUCAUGGAGUUCAGCUUCCUAAAUACUAAAAUUAAAUGUUUAAGUUUAUUAUAUUUAUUUUAAAAAAUCAGUCUUACUUAUUACUUUACUUCGUGUUUAGGAGAUAAAAUUAAAUUAAUGAGCGUCAUACACAUUCACAACUUACGAGAACUCAAGGCCUGAGCACAGGGUGUGCGAAUUUACGUGACAUCACAGCAGGGAUACAAUUCUGAUUUUUAUUAUGUUUGUAAAGAUUUGGACGUUGAUUAUAAUGGUAAAAACCGUUUUAAAAUCGGACUAAUAAUUUUUAAUUUGUAGCAUUUUAUGAGACAAACAUGGCCAAAGUGCAGUUUUGAGAAAACACGCUUCGAAUAUUAUAUAUACUAUACAUAAUUCAAAAUUUUAAAAAGUCAGUUAGUGGGUAAUGCACAACCAUAAUUGUGUAAAUCGUAGUAAUCUGACACAGUAUCAAAGAAUCCUAUUAAAAUUGCCGCUAUUGUUUACGAGUGAAGGAAAUUCCGAACCUGUCAGCAUGGUCACUUGCACUGCCAGGUCUCUGGCAACAAGCAGUAGUAGGAAGAAAGUGAAACCUAGUUCUUGAGAACCCUUAAUGUUUUUAUUUUUUAUUACUAAAGGUUGAGCAGAUUGUAACAGUUGUAGUUUAUUGAAUUUGUAAUCACUUUUUUUGUGUGGAAUACUUGAUGCGGCCCAUUCUCACUCAGACUCUACCUCCUGCGGCCCUCGGAUAAUUUGAGUUUGAGACCCCUGUUGUAAAUGUAGGACAAAAUAAAAGAAAAAUGUCAAAUUCAUGUUAAUUUCUUUUUAUUUACACCUUUUAAAUUUCUGUGUAUUGAAAAGUAUUUCUGUCGUCUGUACCAGUUUUUAGUGUUGUUUUUUAAAAAUAAACAGUAUUUUUCUUAGUCCUAAAUAAUAAUAUAAGACGAUACUUGACAAUAUGUUUUGACCUACAUAAUUCGAUUUACGGGAAGUACAUAAAUAUAAAAUAAUUAGUUACCGUUCAACUCAAAAUAUGUUCAUUUAUUAAAACACGUUUGAAGUAGCUGAUGUUAGUUUAAAUCAAUAUACAUUUAAGUUGACAUUCAAAGAAUAGUUUUUAAAUCGAAUCACUAAAGCCCUAGCAGACUACACAGCGAGGCAUAACUUAAGCUUCAGACUGCUACCAAAGGCCUCCUUCCUGUGACGACACAAACCUGCGAUAAGGCCUUGUACUCUUAGUGGGUCAUGACUUAUUACUUUACUUCAUGUUUAGGUGAUAAAAUUAAAGUAAUGAGCGGGAGACAUGAUUUUAAUUUUUAAAAUACAAACACUAACAUGACCAUGUUUAUGUUAAAAGUUACCCUCUUUAUUGCCUUUGGGGAUGAAGCGUGUUUUUGAAAUACACUUUAUUAUUAUUAUUUAUUAUUAAAUUGAUAUUAUGGCUGGGAGACCACACACACCCCAGGAAAUAAUACCAUUGGCAGCAUUGGGGCAGUAACUGACAGCUCAGCAGAUAGCACAGGAGGUUUGGAUAUUAUCCUCUUUGACUUUGAUACCUGAAAUUCUAACAAAAGAUAUGUCGUGUAUACAGUGGCAUGUGAUUAAAUUCUAACAAAAGAUAUGUGUAUACAGAGGCAUGUGACUAACCAAGUGCAGGCUCCCCAAAUGCGCUUUACUUUGUACACUUUGCCAGCCUCAUUAGUUGUCAAGGGCAAGGAUUGGAUUGCAAUGCAAUGUUUUCGCAGUAUAGUAUAUUUCUGACUGAUGUUGCAGAAAGCUAUCCAUUUAAAAAAAAUAUAUAUCAUUAACUUUAAUAAAUUCUAGGCAACAGGAAGUAAAGUAAAAUAAUUGAUAAAUAUAUAGAUAUAAAUUAUAUAUGGGACGCUGAACUCUAUGAUUACCCAUGCCCAUACAUAAUAAUAUACAUUAAAUAUAUUUCUUUUAUUGUGCCAUUGCUAAACUGUAACCAUGAAAAAUAAAAACUAUCUGUAUGCAAAGUUCAGAUUGGUAGCAUUUUGGGAUGUUGUUUUAGAGAUUAGUUUUAAUAAUGAACAGACUAUAAAAUAACUUAAAAUAUAUUAAAUUGUCUUAAACAUUUUCUUUUUCCAUUUUUAAAAAAUCAGGUCAUCUACCAUUUGAAAAAAAAAUGUGGAGAAUUAACAGAAGAGGAACUUGGAAAACUCUCUGUGCAGUUGCUUAACUGUCAGUCAGAAGCUGAAAAUCGACAAGUGUAUUCAUGUACAAGUUCAAUGGCAAGUUAACAGUACUUACAUGCAUUAGUCAUUAGCAUUCAAACCUUAAUUUAAAAAAUGCAUGAUUCUUUAUAUUACAUGUUGAAGAUCUUUAUUUAAGAAAUACCAAUUCAAAUAAUGGGGUAUUGGAAUAAAAUGUUGAAAAUUUAUACAAGUAAAAAAAAUUAGUAAUUUAUAUCCUAAAUAAAGUUACUGGGUAUAAACUAAACCAAUGAUGUUUUAUGUAUAUGCAUCAAUUGAUGCAGUUUGCUAAUGUUACAAAAAUAGAGAUAGAAAUGAAACAUAUAUAUAUAUAUAUUAGUAAAUUAAAAAUACCUUUAUAUUGCCUCAGAUGUUCUUACUCUUCAAGUUUUCUUCAUAUGAAUUUUAUUAAAUCUCAUUUAUUUUAUGGCAGACUCUAGCAGAGUGCACCCAGUCAAUGGAUGGCACCACUUGGAAUAGCUAUCAAAUUGUUGGCAAUAGAGCUAGAGCAAUGUGCUAUGCCACACAGCAGGUGCAAUUCAGAAGACUGACGGAAGUUACAGUCAACCAGCUUGUGUCAGCAGCAAGUGACCAAAUCAAAACAUUGACUGAUAUCAAGGUUGGGUCAGUUUCAUAAGUUUAUACUUCUUUCCCAUUAUGGAAAUUAAUAAUGUAAAAAUAGUUUUAUUUCAAAUAUAAAUAAUGCUCACGAUAAGUAAAAGCAAAUUUUUGAAAAAUUAAUAACAUUUAUAACAAAGCAUAGAUAUUUUAAGCAAGUAUUAUUGUUAAGGAGAUGAAAAUAAAAUUCUUGCCAAAUCUGCUAAAUUUUUAUAACAGCUUUUUAAAAUGUCAGUUUUUCCCAAAGCUUGCUUCUUUCCAAAAUAUUAUUUCCUGAGUUUGAUGAACCUUAAAGAACAUGUAACAUUAAAGUAUAUUGUUUCUAAUUGGGACUAUUUAUACAAUAAUGAAAAAUAUAAACUUAUUAUAAUCUGAUGCAGUCAGGCCAGGAACAGUUACAGUCAUUGACCUCUGAGACAGUCCGAAAGUUGUAUGAAAGUCAGCAAGAUCUCCUGUCCACACAACAUGCCCUGAGAGCUGCACAUGAUGAUGUUUUCAAGCACAUAGCUGUCAAUGUCCAAGAGAUAUUGCAUGAAAAGGCUCUAAUAGCAUCAGGAAACAAGGAGUUGGCUGCUUUAACAGAAAAUAUCAAAGACAAACUUGGUAGAUCUUGAAGAAUUAUCUUAAUAAAUGGGUGGUUAAAUUUUUUUAAACCUGAUUGUUAUGUCUUGAUCUAAGUAGAUAAACAUUAAAAAAUAUUUAAUGUAUUUAGAAGGUUGUGACUUUUAAAAAAAACAACUAUAUAAUAUUACUUAGCACUUUUUAAAAUAAAUGUAAUAUAUUUUUUAUGAAACAAUAGAUUCUACAGCUCGUCAAAUAAAAGAAAGAGAAGAGGUUGAACACAAAAAGCAUGAACGAAUUUUGCAAGAUUUGAAAGACAUUCAAGACAGCGCAGAGGCUUCUGUUAAAAAAUUAGGUUAGUUCAUGCAUUCUCCUUGGUUAAAGCUUUUUAAAAGAUUUAAAUUCAACAUUGUUAUUUAAGAUUCAUUUUAAAAUUUGGGACUACUAAUGGAAUUGAAAUAUUGAUACAGAGGAUGCAAAAGAAAAAACAACAACCCAUAGUUCAGUAUGAUUUUUAGGUUGGGGGGGGGGGUAAUAAUUGGUGGUAUAAAUUUUUUAAAGAUGAUUAUUUUUGUUUCUUUUCUUAAUGAAAUUUUUCAGAGUUAAAUCUUGAAAAGUUGUUGAGAAAGUGUGAACAGCUUGACUCACUGUACUUUGGGAUGUCAGCCAACCUUUCCAAAAUGAAUGGAACCAUCAACCAUGUCAUGUCUGAGCUAUCAACAUUAGGCGAACAUCUUGAUGAGAAAAUCUCCUGGAUAACACAGCUUCUAGGUGGUGCAGGUAUGGAUUUCAGUCAGCAAUUGAUCUGUUAUCUGGCUCAAGGUGACAAAAUUGUUUUUAAAUAUUUCUGAGUGAUCCAUGCUGAGAAGCAUAAUGAUUAAUAACAAAAAAACUUGAUGGAUGUCACAUAUCAUUUACUCCAGACAUUAAAAGUUUAGCUUAUGAAUUAUUUUAAUAAAAGAAGAAAUGUAUUGCUUAAUAUUUAUGAACUGCUAAUAUUUCAAUGAUUAUUGAGUAGAUCCAGAAUAUAUAAGAAAAGAUUUACUUGCUCUAAUUAAUGCUAUUGAAUUAUUUCAUAGCUUUGGACAAUUUAGUACAAUUUAAUUUAAUGCCACUGUUUCCUCUUUUAUAAUUCAUUCACAUCUUUCUGGUAUUUACAUUUUAAAACACUUAAUUUAUUUUAAAUAAAUUGAAUAGCUUUAGCUAUAAAACAUCUUGAUAUUCCAGUCACAUCCAACUGUACCUUCUGAUAAGGUCUGAUGACUCUUGCUCUUUCCUUGUUUGAUAUUUGAUAUGUCCAGAGACGCACUUAGUCUAAAAAAAUUUUAACAUCUUUGCAGAUAACAAACUGGCAGACAUGUCAUGCUGCCUACUGCAUAUUGCCUAUUUCUUCCUCCUGGUGGUCACUGCGACUUUUCUUGAAAUUUCUCUCCCUUUUCGGUUGGCCAUGUUGGUGAUAAUAGUUGGAAAUGUUGCAGCUGAGCUGAAUUACCAAAACAGUUUAGACUUUGCAGGCCUAACUGUCUUUUUGUUGUCCAUAUAUUUUGGUGAGUACUUGUAGAUAAAACAUGUAGAUUUUAUAAAUAUAAGGCUUUUUGGACCUCUGACCUUAAGUCUUAAUGUGUUACUGUAAUAGUUGACAAGGAAUAUUGUAGGGUCAGUUACUGUUUGCUUAUGACUAAUAUAUAUGAAAUAAAUUUGAUUUUCAAAUGUUUUUAUUACUCAAAGCACUCAUUUCAUCACUACCAGAGCAUUCAUUUCAUCACCACCAGAUCACUCAUUUCACUACCACCUUACACGAAGUUGAAAAAGAUUAUUCAAAAUAUCUUCUUAAGUCAGAUAUUAUUCCCAUUGUCUGUAAAGUACCUUAAUAGUUUUUAAUUAAGAAUUCUCAGGGAAAACGUAAAUAAUUUUGGUAAUUUUAUUCCAUUUUCUUUCCUGUAGGUUUCAAACUAUUAAUUUAUAUAGGUUUAAAAUUCAACACGAUCCCAAGAACUGCUUAUCAGAGUCAAAAUGCCAUCACUCUUUCAAGAUCUAGUCACCCGGAACUGUUGCCACCCCAUGAGAUGCGCUUGUUAAUAGAUCUCCUCAAAAGAGUUUCUGAAACAAGUAUGGUGAUACUUAAAAAAGAUAUUGUUAUUUGCAUCAUUUAAAAAAAAAUUCUGACAGUGUUCUUUGCAUCCAAUAUUAUAUUUAUUUUAAAAUGUUCUCCCCCCAUAUCCCCUACCUACCCUGGAAUGGAUGCUCAUCACAAAGGCACAACUUGCAUAAUAGUUGUCACAGCCCCAUGGUAGUGUACAAUUUUAUUCAAUUUAGAAGUAAUGUCAUAUAUUAGUGGGGGCAUCGUUGUAAAAUAUAAAUUAAAUACUAUUUUUUUUUAAUAGUUUUUCCUCUUUCAAAAAUUUCACAUAUUUAUUUUUGGUCUCUAUUUUUAAGCAUCCCAGCAUUCUCCACCCUCUCCUGUUGUAACCCACAACGGAUCUGUUCUUCAUGAUACAAGUUUUCGUCCUUCCACACCGCCAAGGAGUCGAUCAGAGGUUUCUGACCAGUUAGACAACAGUAUUCUCCAGGUCCUUAUUUCAAUGUAAUUUUUUAAACUUUUAGUGCUAGCAUUGGGGACAAGCUAAUUGUAAAAAAAAUUUAUAACAACUUGGAGUUGAUGUCCAGAUUAAUUUGGACUUUCAUUAGAAACUCAAGACAGUUGGUCUCAUUAACUCAUUUUUGAAAUGUCAAUUUUCAGAUUUAAGUUAUAUUAAUAUUGUUUUAUUAUGAAAAUUAUGUUGCUUUUUAUUUUGUAAUCAAAUUUUUUUUUUUGCUGCACAAGAUGAUUUUAAUGAUUUAAUUGUUAUAUAUUCAUUGUUUUAACUAUAUUAUGGAUAAAUCAAUGUUUAAUUAAUCUCACCAAUGAACAGGAUGUUGGCUCUUUUAGAAGGACUCUGAUUGGUCAUCUAGGUCUCUCCUCUCGAAAUUCAUCAAGGUCAUCAACACCUUUAGCAAACGAAUCAAGGUUGGAUAUUUGCAAAUUUUCAGUUGUAUUUUAGGCUCAUACUUUUAUGUUGUUGUUUUUUUCAAAUUAUAUAUAGAUCAGUAGUAUUAGAACUAAAUUAAAUUCAUGACUCAAAAAGCAUGACGGCAUGUUUGUGUAAUUUGUAUUGACAUAAGAUAAGAUACUCUCUUUUUAUUGACUCUGCUUUUAUUGAUCCUAAUUAAUUGAAAUUUGUUUGAUUACAUUGCACAUAUUGUUUACAGUCUGGAAAGUUUUUAAGUAGGUUUUUAUUGCUCCCUAAAAUUUUGGUAGCAAGGCAUUAGGUGAAUCAUUUAAAAAUUGCAAUUGUUGAACUUAUUCUAUACUCAUUUAUUGAUAUUCUAAAUUAAUUUUUAAAUUGUUAAACUAUUUAUGGGUAAAUCAAUAUUUAAUUAAUCUGACCAAUGAGCAGGAUGCUUCUUUUAGAAGGACUCUGAUUGGUCAUCUAGGUCUCUCCUCUCCAAAUUCAUCAUACACAUUCUUUCAGACUUACCAUUUUGGUCACUUUUUCUAUACUUACUUUCUCAACCCACCAUUUAGACACUUUUUUAGCAUUAUAUGUUUCAGGUUACCUAACAACCAAAAUAAUAUACACAGGACUGUUCAAGUUAAAUUCUAUGAUUUUCUUCCUUUUAAAAACUCUGAUUGUUUUUAUCCAUUUUUAUUAUUGUAACAAAGUUUAAUGUAAUGUAAGCAUCACUUUUCAAACUGCUAAUAAAUUUAUUUACAAGCCUAGAUGACAAAACUAUCAAUGAGAAUGACAAAUAGAGAAUUGAAAUUGAUGCAGAAAGUGAUAUUGAUGAUCCUCAUGGUUGAAGAUGGCUGAAUCUGAAUCUUUACUAACUUUAAACUUAUAAUUCAUUAGUACUUAAUGCCCUAGGUCGGUGGAAGCUACCUUGGAGACGACAUUAAAUAUAUUACCGGUAUAAUAAAAAAAAUACUCAACUUUCGGACAUUAUAAUUUAAAGCAAGGUUUCUUUACCCAUAAGCCGGGCCACACACCCAAUCGAUUUCAAAUUUUCCUCACCAGCCACCCACCUCCACCCACUUUCUGAUAAAAAGUAUCGUAAUAAAAUGUUUUAUUAUGAAAAUAAUUGAGUUAUGAUAGCUUUUAUUUUUUAAAAAUUAACUUAUUUAAAUGCUAGAAACAAAAAAUAAAAUAAAUGAAACCAGUACAGAUGAUGUGCCAAAAAAGUAAAUUAGACAAUAAAAAACAUCUGCUUCUGCUAAUAAAUAAAACCUAUGCUUUUCAUGUCUACCCAUAACACCUGGCAGUGUCUUGUGCAUCCCCAUAGAGGCACCCCUGGUUAAUAGCCUUUAAUUUAAAGGAUGCUUACCCAUAACCAUCUUUUUAUCUUAACUGUUUCAUUUAAUUAAUUUGUUUCUUCUUUUAAAAAUAUAUAUAUGUUUAAGAAAGGAGCCGUAUCUCUUUGCUCAGGCAAAUAAGACAAUUUACAUAAAAAGUAGGUUAAGCAGAGUAUUUGAAAUGAUUUCAUAUUUUUGGAUACAAAUUUUAAAAUAAUGCAUGUAACAAAGUAUUUUUUGUUUUACAGGUCUUCCACACCUUCCAUUUCUUCGCGUUGUUUAUCCAACACUGUAGCAGGAUCACAGUGCCGCCUUCCAGCUGCCCCAGGUUCAGAUUUUUGUCGUAGACAUAAUCAGAAUCAGAGAUAAAAAAAAAUUGCUUGUUUUUUUUUGCAUCGUAAAUAAAUGUUAACUUUUAUUACUUUUAUUCUGAGGUCUCUAGAUAUGUACCUUAUGCAUACAUAGUUUUUUUCACUUGGUAAAUAUGUUUGGUUGUUUAUAAAAUAUUUGAAGAUGUUUAUUACGGUAAUUAAAAAAAAAAAUAUUACUUUGUAUUUACUGUGUGGUCCAAUAACCUGUUAAAUAUAAGGACAAUCAUUUUGGUAGCAUGCUACAAUACACAUAGGUAGCAUAGAGAUUAUCAGCACUUAGUGUUGGUGUUAAAAACCUCAAAUUUAAUUUUUGUGUGAAUCAUGUCUAUUUGAUAUGUUCCUCUAAAGUAGGAGUGGCCGACCUCAGGCAGAUUGCGGCCCACCUUAUCAAAUAUUGCCUGAUUUAUCAUACUGUUUGUGGAUAUUAAGCAUAUUUGUUCUUCAUUCAAUUGACAAAGAAAUUGAGAUUAAAAAAAUAAUUGAGAGAAAAUAUAAAAUAUUACAAGUUUACUUUAAUUUGUUUUUUUUAUUUACAAUUUCAUUAUGUGCGUUAAGCAUAUGUAUAUAAACAUUUUUACACAGUAAUACAGCAUUAAAUGGGUGGGUUUUUUUCUUUUUUAAAAAUAUAUAUUGACAUGCGACCCAGGAACAGUUUUCUCGUUUUCAAGGAAACCUGCAAAGGCUUUUGGGUUGGCCACCCCUGCCCUAGAGUGUUAAUUGUUCUUAAAUAUAUGAAAUUAGAAAUCCUGUGAUUUACAGUCCUUUACAUACAUUCUCAGAUAAUAUAAAUUUGGAGCCAAUGCUGUUUAAAGAAUAUAAUUUUUAUGUGCUGGAAUUAGUGGCAUUCCUUGAUUAAUUGCUGCCCAGGGCAAACUCUCAAAAGGUCGCCCCCAACACACCCAUCAUUUAUUUAUCUUUAUAUAUACACCCAAACAAGCUAUCACUGACUGAAUUUGUGCAACUAAUCCAAAAGUAAUGGAUUGAAACAUUUUCAUUUAUCUAAGCACAGAAAAAAAAGUGUAAUUGUUAAGCAAUUUACAUCUCAAUAUUUUGAUAUUUUUGUAUAUAGUUGAACUCACUUAAUGUGUGCCGAAAAAUAAAAUUCUAAUGCGCAUUUAGACCUGUGUUAUAAUGUUAAACAAGUAUUCAUAGUAAUGUGUUCAUUGCAUUUUCAAAAUAUUAAACUCUAACAAGGUAAGGUAAAUGCUCUGAAUGGGCCACUGAUUGUUGUGAGAUGGAUACAAUGAUGGGUUUUUUCUAAGAUAUAUGAAAGCCGUUAAGAUGCAUGCCGCUUCAGAUACAUUGCUCAGCUUGUUUUAUCUUGUUAUUUUGUUAAGUGUUUAGUAAAGUUAAUAUAAAAUUGGAUACAUUAAUUAAUAAUAAAAAAAUGCAGGUUUUUGCGUAUAGUAAGUCAUGAAUUGUAAAAAUAAGAAUUAAUGAAAAACUAAAUGUUUUCCUAAAUUUUCUCACUUGAACAAAUUUUGCAACAAUUUUCAAUUAGGUGUGAAGAAUUGUUUUGUGUAGAAUUGUUAGGCCACAAAUUGAGCCAUUAAAGUGUGGACAAAUCUUGUACUGUAAAAUUUUUAAGAUGUCAUUAUUAAAAAAAUGUCCUUUUUUCAAAUUUGCUUUUAAUAUGUAUUCUUUUUUGUUUUGAAAAUCAAAUGAAAUAUCUUUAAUGUUUGUAGAGAGCCAUUUUAAAUUGUUUAUAUCUUGUUAUUAAAUUGUACUAACAUUUUCCAAUUAUAAACCUUAUUUACAUUUAAAUUAUUUCAGUUUGUACCAUUAUUCAUUUAAGAAGUAUUUUAAGUGUUUGAAUCUCAAUAUUCAGUAAGAAAUUCCUUUACACUGAAAGAAAGAAAGGAAUUUAUUUUAAUGAUUGUCAUUCUUCUAUUUUUUCUAGGCAAUUUAGCAUUACAUUAAGCUUCCAUACAGAACUCAAUGUAUGGUGAGAUAUUUUAUAAAAAUUUUAAUGUUUUUGUUUAAACCUAUACAUUCAACAUCAAAUUUCAAAUUUACCAGCUAACUAAACCACGGCACAACAGUCAAUACAUUCAAUAGUAAUGAUCGUUUAUUAUAUUCUUUCUAUAACAUUUACUCCAAUAAAUCACUGUUCUAUUGUGCACUUUUGUCUUUUUUUGGAAGUAUUUCUCACCAAAUUGUACAUUACUGUUAAGAAAAGUUUUU